CCGCAGAGCCAUCAACAAACUCUACAAGCUUGAUUCCGUGACUCUGAGAGUCAUCAAAGCUGAUGGAUUCCUCAAGGCUCGUCAUGAGAGCAAGCUCAAGGCCAGAAACAUUCCCGAGUUUACAGCCGAGGAGGUCAACGAUUUUCACGACGAUAUGAUCUCCAUCAUCAGAUACGACAAAAACCAGAACAAAGGCGAUGAUAUCGUGAGGGCUUUCAAUAAGGCCAUUGUCGAUGACCCAAUCGCUGAGGGAGAAGCGUUCAUUGCUUUUGCUGAGGAAGAAGGCCUCGUCGCUUUCGAAGCCGAAGACGAGCAGAGCGAUACCGAGGUCGACGACGGCGAUGAUGAAGCCGAGGCCAGCGCUGAGGAGGCCACUGUGACCCCUGACGGUAUGGAGUAGACUGAGGCUCUCGCUCAUGUCGACGGAGACUUGCUCUUCGUUCUCGACACCGUGCCAAAUCUGGCUACUACGCAGCAAUUCACUAAACUGCCGAUCUCCUCGAUCAUUGAGAGUCGCACCGAUAAAACUGCCGCUUAGGAGCCCCCAAUGCAAGAUUCCAGCAAGACCCUUGACAAAGAGAUCCUUUCCUUCAAUUUCAAUCUCUACGAAGGCUUUGACAUUGCUGCCAGCGUUCAGCUCCGCGCAGAGCGUCUCGCAGCAAAGAAGGUCACCCUACCCGCCAAUGUCGCUGCCCUGUUCAGUGUCUCGGCUGAACCUGCAUCAGAAUCGACCAACGCAACUCCCUCUUCCCCUGAGCCCAGCGUCGAAGACCUGCCAGACUUCGAGGAGUAGUCUGUCAACAACAGCUCCACUCAGGAAACAAGGACGCUGCUUCCUCUGGACUAUUCCAGUCUCGACGACACCACACACGCCGGAAACAAUCAAACGACAAAAACGACAAAAACAACAAGAAAAUCACAAACAACAAACACCAAAGAAAAUGGAAAGCCAAAGCCACCAGAAGAUCGAGAUGCAACAAACAAACGACACAACGACACAACGACAUCAAUGAUGAGAAGAAGUUUGAGAUGAAGGAACGCAUGCAUGGCAAGGAGUUUUGGGAGUCAUGAGAGGGGUUUUUCUUCAGGUGGAUCGGGGGAAUUCAUUGUGUUUUCUGUUUCUGGUUCUGUCCCUGGGACCAUGAAUGAGGUGGAAGA